UUCUUUUUGUCGUGCGAUGGUUGCGUUUUGUGUCCUUAUUCGUACUUUAUAUUUGGAUAACACAAGACCUCGUUUUGUCUCUGAGAUUAGAAUGCGCUUCCUGUUGCAAACAUUGCUUUAGUGUUGUGCUUCACGGAUUAACGUAUAAUAAAAUUAUGAGCAAGAACCUUGCAUGACGUUCUGCUCACCGCAACGAUACCGGUUGAUUACUGAUUAGUGCGAACCACCCGUAUCUGUACGCUUUAGGUUAGCGAUAGCAUUCACAUUUGGUGCACUGUUCGCCGUACUUGCUGUUCGCUCAAUGAAUUUACGGGUGAUGUUGAGAACGCUGCCGGCGCUUGCUAUUCAGCGAGUUAACGUCAGCGCGUUAACUGCAUCCGCAUUGCGAAAAGCGACACGACACGUUUGCUAAAAUGGUUGGCAAUUCGGACUAAAGACGCCGUUUUGCUCGGUCACUUUACUCCAUCAAAAACAUACCUUUCGUGGUCCCAUCGUGCAUUAUCUCGGACUGAGGACUGCCGUUUGGCAACAUUUAGUAGAAUGAAUUACCGAUCGUUUAAGCCCGUUGCCUUUGUUGUGAUGUUAUCGUGUGCUGCACCAUCUCCAGCAACUUGCGCUGCUGAAACAGCAACACCGACAGUCUCAGCUCCCUUCGGCGUGAACUUUCCCGAUACGUAUAACGGUUUCUAUUGCGGUAGCACUGGUCGGUUGGUCCUGCCGAGCUGCAGCCCACAGUGGACGCAGUGCGGUUGCAGUAAACGAGCCUUUAAUGUCAGCAACAUUACGAGGAAUUUAUCAUUCUUGCGGCUGGGAGAGAUUGACCUGGUUGGCCAGUGUGGGCCCAGCUGCCUGCUGAGCAACUUCGUUCCGCUGCCCUACCGGCCCAGUCUGACAUACGUCGAGCUCGUCAACUUUUGGGUGGCGCCGGACAAUCGGCCGUUUCCCGUUGGUGCGUUCCUAGACAACAUGAAAAGGACUCUGCGCGGUUUAAUGCUGGGCGAGGUGUAUUUGCCCGUGGUGACGCGGGAGACUUUUGCGGGAUUCUCGAUGCUAACUAGGUUAAUACUCAAGCGCAAUCGCUUAUCGACCAUCACAUCGGAUGCCUUUGCUUCCUUGGCAGCGUGGCCGGGACAGGCGGUAACUUCCCGGUUCAACAGCAUCAGAAUCGAAGCGAAUUUGUUCAAAAGGUUCGACUGGUCGGUAUUCAUUCCGGUGGCGCCCAGCCUCACGGAAGUUUCCCUGCGGAUGAACAACAUUAAAGAGGUGUACCUGAGUCAGUUCUUCACAAUGCCCACCGUCGAAUGGAUUGAGCUGUCCGGCAACCAGCUGACGCGCAUCGACGACCGUUUUCUGGCCAGCGUGUCCAGUCGGGAAUCGCGGCCGUAUCUCAAGCUUGACUUCAACCGCUUCUGUGUGCACGACGCGGAAUGUGGCUGCUCCGCAUUGGCUAAUGUGUGGAACUUUUUCAAGAAGCCACCGCGCCGCUACACCACCGACAGCCGGCAAUCUUCCUGGUCGGAUCGGUUGACGUGUGGAAAUUAUACCAUCAGGACGAAGUAUCCUGAGUUCGUGUCGAGGUAUCUGCCCAGCGUGUGGACAGGAAGGGGCGGAUGGGACUACAAGCAGGGACGGACUUACUCUGCAGAUAAUGUAGUGCUUUUAGCACGGGCACGCCGCCAGAAAACAGUGACAGAUACGAACGGCAUGGCGAGUUCGGUGGUGAUAGACUAUCUUCACAAAAUGGCCGAUGCUCUGUAAUUCAUUUUCGGUGCUGCCCUUGAAAACAGUUACUCGAACAAGUAAUAUUAUUCACCCGUGUGUUCUUAUCAAUAGGAACGCUUCAAGAUUUUUCUGGCAAAAUUUGGCAAGAAACAAACUGCACUGACGUUACAUGGU